AUGACACGGGAAUGCAAAUGCCACGGAAUGAGCGGAUCAUGUACUGUGAAGACAUGCUGGAUGAGACUGCCGACGUUUCGCGAGAUUGGCGACAACUUGAAGGAGCGUUUUGACAAGGCGUCUCGUGUUCGGGUGAACAACGAUUUUCGCGGCAUUUCCGGAAACAAGUACAAGUACAAGAAGAGCAUGCCACUGGAAACAUAUGAAAAAGGCUACCCAUCGCCAACCAGCACUGAUUUGAUCUUUUUUGAAGAGUCGCCAGACUUUUGCGUUGCUAAUCCCAAGUACGGUCUUAUGGGCACUGAAGGUCGUCAGUGCAAUGCCUCCUCUAUCAGUGUCGACAGUUGCAAUUUGGUGUGCUGCGACCGAGGCUACACCACAGAGGAGAUUGAAGUCACCGAGCGGUGCAAUUGCACUUUUAGAUGGUGUUGUGAG